AUGGAUAUGCUUGGACUAGUCCAGUAUAUCAGACGUUACUAUCUUGCUAUAGUUUUAUACACUGUCUUUAGCUUUUAUUGUGUUUUUAAUAUUGAAGGGUUUCCCACAGGUGGAUUUUCACACAGUUCAGGGCUGGAGGUAGCUUUAAAAACAUAUGUUGUUCAGGAUACAGAUACAUUGAAAGAAUUUUUAUUAUGCUGUCUUGAAAAUGGAGGUUCGUUUAUAUUACCUUUUCUUAGAGAGGGUUAUCUGCAGGUCACCAAUAUCCAAGCACUUUGUGACCUAGAUUCACUCUGUGAAGCCUGUACACCAAAUCAUGUAGCUAAACGAGCAAGCUCUAGACAGGGUCGGUCCAUGCUAGAUACAUGUGUCAAAGUGUUCAAGAAGACUCCAUCUUUAUCUGUUUUAAAUGACAGUUUACAAUACAAACAUUUACCUGUAGUGUUUGGUGCAGUGUGUACCACACUAGAUAUAGAUCUGCAAUCUUCUUGUACGGCUUUUCUCUUCACAAUAUUACGGACAGUUCUGGCUAGUGCAGUCCGCCUUGAUAAAGUUGGACCAAUUGAGGCACAGUCCAUUCAAACUGAGCUACAACAUGAAAUCCCAGCAGUGAUAGAAAGGCACAAGGUCAGAAGAAGUGAAGAUGCCUGUAUGAUCUACCCACAUAUAGACAUUGUCCAAAAUAUGCAUGACACAAUGUUUUCCAAGUUGUUUUAUUCAUAAUGACAUUUUUUCAUUUCAUGAUAUGACAAUGAAUUUCCAGUGUAAAAUGUUAUAUACUAAUUGAUACAUAUUUGAAUAAAAGUUAAUAUAUUUAACCACAAACAUACGCAACAUUGUGCAAAUGUGAUUGUAAUGCACUAAAUUAAAUAUUAUAUUUUAAUUAACUUUGUUAGCGAUGAAUAAUUUAAUUAUUGACAUGAAAAUUGCCUUGACUGUCAAGGUCAAAUAUGAAAUUUUAUUUAUAUUUUGGUUUAUUUUGAUCUAUACUAAUGAUGUUUUCUUAUAGAAUUCUUUACUAAAAUAAAUUUUGACUUUUUGAAAUAAGAAAUAGUUGAGCAUGCCCCCUGAUUGGUGGUGGUGAGUGCUCCAAUUUAUCUUAAAGGUUAGUGUGAUAUAUGUGUUGAAGAAUAUGUUACAAAUGUACGUCAUUUGCUAUCAUGGUUUUAUCAGGAUUAUUAUUAUUUGUUGAAUAACCACUAUAUAUAUUACAUGUAUUGAUAAUUAGAGGGAAUUAGCAUUUUUAACAGUUUCAUAUAUAGAGAAGUAACACAAUUUGUAUGAAAAAAUAUAUUAAAGAGAAACAAACAAUAAAGUUGUU